AUCUCCUAGCACAACGAGGGCGACUCCUCGCGAAUCCUACUCGGGUGUCGACACGAUCUUGAUGUACCACACCGGAAGCGCAAUCCUCUACGUCGGGAUUACAUAACUUUUAGAAAGGAUAAAAUGGUGUUAGUGGUCGGGGCUCGCGGUCCUGGGCACGGAUGGCGGCCCCAAUGAGAGAGGAGCUGGGAGGGGCGGUGGCGGCGUCCACAGAUAGUGUUGGAAGUGGCAAUGGCAACAACAAUAAUACCAGCAGUAAUGCAAAUUUUGAGUACGACGAUAAUGAAUGGGAUAUUGGUAUAGGCGAUUUAAUUAUCGACUUAGACGCAGAUAUUGAAAAAACAGGAUCAACAUCUACAACUACAGCUAGUGAAGCCCUUGGUGUUACCAAUAGUGCGGCUACAACAGUCGGUUUAACGGCUGGUAGUGGAGCCAUGUCAGGAGCAGCUGCCACUGCACCCACAGCCACUACAGCUGGCAGCAAUAAAGCUACUGUUGAGCAUUCAGCUACUGUUGAUAAAGGAUUAAAAAUGAAAAUCAAACGAACAAAAACAGGGACUAAGAGCUUUGAAGCUAAACAUGAAAUCGUCAAGCCUGGCGAGCAAAAUGGAUCUUUAGCUUCCACUCAAUCUCAGUCAAGUGGCAGUGCCUCUUCAAAUGACUCAUCUGGAUCGUCCGCUGAGUCUAAACAAACUGGUAAACAUCCCAGCACAUCUAGUACCAAUUGUACUACUCCUUCAACCAGUACUACUUCAACUGUAAGUUCAGUAAAACGUGGAUCUAGCAGUCAUCGAAGAGAUAAAACAAAAGACAAACAACAUAGUUCAUCUACAAGUGGUGAUAAGUGUCAUAAAGUAAAUUCUAGUUUGUCUUCUGAACUUAAUGGUCGAGGUCCUGUUAGUCAAUCAGCUCCUAGAACCAGCACUUUCCCAGCUUUAUCAAGCAAUACACAGUCACCUAAUGUACCUGGUCCUGGACCACCAGUUGGAGAAGCAGGAACUUCAACUUCUUCAAGUGUAGCCAAUGGUCCGGAACAAAUUGUAUCACCCCCUGUAGUUCCAAUGGAAAAUACCCAAGCUACUUCAAAGUCUUCUGCGGUAUUGUCUACCUUAUCAAAACCUCUGCAAUCUACCUCACCACCCCCAACCAACAAAGUAAAGACUGCUAAUAGUUCAACUUCUGCUUCCCUAACAGAGCAAAAGGAAACUGCUGAUGCCUGUGUUGGUACUAGCAUCAGUGUUGGAACUGUUACAGAACCAGAUUGUUUUGGGCCAUGUGAACCAGGAACACAUGUUAAUUUAGAGGGAAUUGUAUGGAACGAAAUUGAAGGUGUGCUUGUUGUUAAUGUAACAUGGAGAGGAAAAACUUAUAUAGGUACAUUAUUAGACUGUACUAGACACGAUUGGGCUCCACCUAGGUUUUCUGAGGCAUCCGCUGGAGAACCAGAAUGUCGUUUACCUCAAAAAGGACGUGGAAAAAGAGGUCGUGCUAGUUUAACCGCUAGCCCCAGUAAUGAUUUGGUAAAUUUUACUGAAACCAGAUCUUCAGUUCACAGUAAACUUCGAAGUAAUGGAACAAAUAAAUGUAAUAGCAGUAAUAACUCAAGUAGAAGAGGAACAUCAUCACCCACUCCUUCUUCAUUUGUUCCACCACGUUCAGAUGCUAACAGCUCGAAUAAGAGGAAAAAGCCUCCUGGUUCUGAAGAUGAAGCAUCAGGAAAAAAAAUAAAAGCAGAGCCAGCAAGUCCACCACCUAUGUCACCUACUAUGUUAGAUUGCCCUGAACCAAACUGUUCUAAAAAGUAUAAAAAUGCUAAUGGUUUAAGAUAUCAUCAAUCUCAUGCACAUGGUGCUGCUUUGGACGAUGAAGAUGCUGACACUAAAGAAUCUGGUGGUGCAAGCACUUCUGAAAAUGAAGAUGAUACUAGUCCUGUUUCUGUUAGUAAUUCUGGUAUUCAAGAUAAUCUAAAAGAAGAACAGCCUAUUGUCAUUAAUCAACCAACUGAACAACCACAGCUUUCGACAACUCCUCCAGUAACUGAAGUGGAUCCUCCAGCUCCAAUACAGUCUCCUCCUCUUUUAGUUACAAAACCAAGUGUUCUAAGGUUUGGCAUCUCUGGGAAUGAAGAGACUAACGUUGUUACCCCUACAUUGACUGCACCUAAAACAGUUCUAUCAGUUCCUGUUGUUCAGCCGGCUCCUACUCCACCACCACUGCUACAGCCAGCAACUCCUUUGCAAGCAAUUGCUCCUACUUCUCAAUCGCCACAACCCCAACCACCAAUUUUACAUGUACAAAGUCCAGCAUCACAACAGUUACCUACACCUCCACAAAUUCAACCUUUAGCACUAAAUCAGCCGCAAGUUCAAAAAGUACCGCAAUUCAAAGUAAAGCCAGCAUCUGCUUUAAUGCCCGCUGAAGAUAAUUUGAAAGCCAAUAAAGAUAUUAAAAACAAAGCAGCAACAUCAUCUCAUAAAAAGAAAAAUCGUAAAUCACCAGCUAGUAGUCCCAGACCAUUUUCUAUUGAUCAACCACAGUUUGAUAGCUCAAACUGUAGCCGUGAGGAUGUACAAAGUCCUGCAUAUUCUGAUAUAUCAGAUGAUACAGCACCAAUUCUUGAAGUUGAGAUGAAUGAUAGUAUGAAUAAACAAAAAUUAUCCACUACCGAUAAAAAGUCAGAACCAAACACAGCACAUUCUCCUCAUCCUAUCCAACCAUAUAAUAUGUACCCGUCAUAUUAUGGUCAACCGCCUUAUUUGAUUUCUUCUGUACAACCGAAUGACACAUCUAAACAAAUUAAAGAAGGUGAAAAGAUUAAUCAACAUUCACAAGAUUUAAAAAUGUCGUCUUCAACUGGAGAUAAAGAUAAUAAGAAAGAUUUACAAUCAAAUCAAGCAGCUGAAUAUCAGCAACAAAAGCUUUUACAACAAUAUUUUAAUUAUGAUUCCUAUGUUCAAAAUUAUCCUUAUAAUAUUGGAGCAGGUUAUCCAAUGUCUAUGGUACAAGAUAAAGAAAUGAAGCCUGAUGAUAAAAAUCAUCAACCUUCAAUGCCAGGUACUUUGAAUGUUCCUCAGCCUAAUAAAAUAAAAACUGAUCAAAUAGUACCCAAAGAAAAACCUCCCCAUCAGAACGAAAAUCAUCAAAUUAUGAAAGAAAGCAUUGAAAUGAAGUCACAAAUGAAUUCAGCUUAUAUGUUUUCACGGCAACAGCAGCAGCAGCAGCAGCAGCAACAACAACAACAACAACAACAACAGCAGCAACAACAGCAGCAACAACAACAGCAGCAACAACAACAACAACAACAACAGCAGCAGCAACAAGAUGAUGUUAGGCGUUAUUAUGUAUAUCCAGAUCAGAGACGGAAGGAUCACGGUUCUGUUGAUCAUUCACAUACCAAGUCAAAUACACUAAGUACACCAACUAAGCAUUCUAUGGGCACAAACUCUAUACACAAGCAUAAAGAAAAACACGAAGACAAAAAAGAUGAUAAAAUGUGUAAAAGUUCUUCUCAUAUGUCAGAAGGAGUUAAACCGACAAUGGAAACACAAGGACCACCUCCACCUCCUACGUCUUCAUAUGCAUAUAUACAUCCAGGUUUUAUGCAGUCACCGCAUUUCGCUGGUGCAUUGGCAUUUGAUCCCAUGUACAGGAGUGCAAUGAAUCCUAUGUUGGUGCCCGGACCUUAUGGCAAUACACCACCACCCCCUUAUUUACAUCCUCAGCUACAUGCUCAAAUGCAACGAUACCAUGCACCUGAAGAUCUCUCACGACCAGCUGUUUCUACACAGUCGGCAACUCCUUCCCAACCACCAUCUGGGCCUAAGGCGGCUCUUGAUCUCCUACAACAUCAUGCUAGUCAAUAUUACUCUUCACAUAAGAUACAUGAGUUACAAGAACGUGCCAUUAAGUCGCCUACACCAAAACCGAAUGCACAAUCGGGCCUAACGCCAGCUCCAUCACCAGGAACUAGGCAAUCUCCAUCUUUAACGUCAACUGGCAUAGUACCAUCUGCCACUGAACGAACUACGUCUACUGGUCCUCCUUCGUCUACCCAAUCUUCUGGUAAAUCUGGGUCAACUGGUGAUCCAAAAGACUGCCGUUCACCACCUCCUCAAAGGCAUGUACAUACACAUCAUCAUACACACGUAGGUCUUGGAUAUCCAUUAUAUCCAGCGCCUUACACGGGCAAGCCUUUAUAAUAAUUGUGUGUAAUUGAUGUCCCAACGUUACUGUUCAUCAAUAAACAUUUUUUUUAUUGUAUUGGAGUUUAUUGCGGGACAUAAAUUGACUCAAUUAAUACACUUUUAUUUUAACUCUUAUUAAGAUAAUGCUUAACUAUCUUAAGCUAUAAUCUUAUUUGAGAAUUUUUUCUAUUUUAAAGCUACUGUUUAAAUCACUUUUGCCUAAUUUAUUAAGUCUAUGGUUUUUUAUUGGCCAGACUUUCUUCUGUUCCAGUGUUAAGAAACAAAAUGUUUUGCAUUAGAUAGAAGCAUUUAAUAACAAUUGUUAAUUGUUGUUGAUAUAAUUAUCAAGCAUAUAUAACAAUGUGUGCUUCCUUAUAGGUUUAAGGUUUACUUUAGAUACAGGAAUGCCAUUAAACAGUAGCGUCCUUCUAUAAAUUCAUAUUUGACACUAACUAAAUGUUUUUACUAUCAAUUAAAAUAUGGUAAUAAAAAUAAAUACUACAGCAAUAUUUGUUAGUAGUUAUUCCAUACAUAACAAUUUACACAAUUUAUGUAAAGUAUGUUUUUGUAUGGGCGAGUCUGAUCAAAGCUAAUACAGGUUUACCUUAGUUCCAUUGGCUAAUCAUAAUUUAAUUUUAUUACUAUUAUUUUUAUUAUAUACUAUUAUAAAUAUUAUUUUUAUUUUUAUAACUAAUUAUUAUUAUUUUUGUAAUAUUUUAAUUAAAAUUAAAAAUUGACGGGUUCUUCGUAUAAUUUUGGAGUGGUCAUUAUAUAUCUAAUUAGCCUUAGGGAAUAAAAUAAUUAAUAUUAUUUGAUUGGUAUAUUUAAAUUGUAUUUUAUUAAUUUCUUCUACCUUAAAAUUGGAUUUUUUUCAGCAGUUUUCCAAUAAAUUUGUUUCACUUAAUUCAAAGGCUGUGAUUUCGAAUCGAGGCGAAAGAUUUGGUUUUUAAGUCUUUAGGUGUACACAUUCUUAGACAACA